AUGGGAGAUAAGAAUGGAACUAUUGUUGCUGGUGGUAAUGGGUAUGGUAUUGGUCUCAAUCAACUUAACAAACCGAGCUAUAUCUUUGUCGAAGAAGAACAGACAGUCUACGUGGGAGACGAUGGCGAUCAUCGUGUGAUGAAAUGGGAUAAAAAUGCACAUGAAGAAAUUGUCGUCGCCGGUGGUCAUGGACAUGGAAAUGCUUUGACACAGUUGUCGUAUCCUAAUGGAUUGUUUGUCGAUAGUUUGGGCACUCUCUAUGUUGCAGAGGUUGGGAAUGAUAGAGUGACGCGUUGGCCUCAAUGA